AGGGCUUAUGAAAAGUUAUUCCCAUGCAAAGCUAAGAAAAGUCACGCAAUGACAUCGUUUUUGUUUACCGUCGAGUUCAAACGGAUCCACGUAGAGUAGUAUACAAAUAGCUUCUGCGAAUUUGGUAUGUUAGACGAGGAGAGAAAAGAUCUGAUUCACCUUAUUAAUUUAUUUUUUUCGAAACACGCACUUACUGUUGAGGAUGCAGAAAAUUAUAAUACCAAGACGACUGCACUCCCUGGUGUGUGUUUUACGUUAAAACUUUGACCCGACACUGAUUUUAAUUUUGACUAGGUCGGAUUCCGGGUAGAAGAUCGAGUCUCACACGAUGAGGCUUCAUUUAAGCCAAACUAACCAACAAAAUAACUACACAUAACACAUUCAAUCAGUAAAUAUAUAUCUCCAGUUUUCUACCUCGUAAUUGAAUCCAUGGCUGCCUUAAAUUUAAACCUCCUUAUAGUUACACUCAUCUAUAUUCAUCAUGUUUCCUUAGCUUUUGCAAAAGUUACUCUGAACUCGCCACUUUUCACGGAUACCGAUGAUGCGUGGCUUUCACCCUCGGGAGAAUUUGCUUUCGGGUUUCGACAACUGAAUGAUAAUGACACCAAGCUGUUCAUGGUUGCCAUCUGGUAUAACAUGAUACCGGACGACCAGACCGUUGUUUGGAGUGCAAGAAAAGACAACAAGCUUGCAACAGCGCCAGCGGGAUCAAAGUUGCAGAUCACACAAGAAGGUCUGUCGUUGACAAAUCCCAAAGGGGAUUUCAUAUGGACGGCAAGUUCAAAAGAUUUUGUUUCGGAAGGAGCUAUGCUUGACAGUGGCAACUUUGUUCUCCUAAACGGUAGCUCUGCAAAUGUGUGGCAAAGUUUUGAACAUCCCACAGACACCUUGUUGCCUAAUCAAUCUCUCCAGCUCGGAGGCAUGCUGACUUCUCGAUUGACAGACACAAAUUACACUACAGGAAGGUUUCAACUUUAUUUUGAUGGUGGUAAUCUCUUGCUCAGCCCCCUUGCUUGGCCCUCUCAACUGCGUUACAAGUCCUAUCCUGUAAUUGAUGCCUCUGGCAACGCUUCACGAUUGCUGUUCAACAUAUCGGGGGAUAUCUAUGUGGAGACCACCAAUGGGAAUAGAAUCCAACCUCAAGGUCAAAAAUGGGUUAGCAAUAGCAGCAGUAGCUUGGAUCUCAAUCCUGAGAUGAAUUUCUACAGAGCAACGCUUGACCCCAGUGGAGUUUUCACGCAGUAUGCUCAUCCAAGGAACAACACUGCUCGGCAAGGAUGGAUAAUCAUGAGGUAUGUUCCUGAUGACAUUUGCAAUAUAAUAUUUGAUCGGUUUGGUAGUGGUUCCUGUGGCUAUAAUAGCUACUGCGACAUGGAAAAUGAGAGACCUACUUGUAAUUGCCUUGAUGGGUAUUCACUGGUGGAUCCAAGUAAUCAAUUUGGUGGAUGCCAGCCCAAUUUCACCCUCGCUUGUGGAGCCGAUGUUCAAGCACCGCCAGAACAAUUAUAUCAUAUGCUCCAAUCCUCAAGAUAUAAUUUUCCUGAGGCAGAUUAUGAAAAGAUACAACCUUACACUCAACAGGAAUGCCUACAAUCUUGCUUGCACAAUUGCAUGUGUGCUGUUGCCAUUUUCGGGCUGGACACUUGUUGGAUGAAGAGAUUGCCCCUUUCUAACGGAAGAGUAACCGAUGUUAAUGAUCACCAUUUUGUCUAUAUCAAAAUAAGAAAUAGUCGUGACUUUUAUCCGGGUGUAAACGAGGAACUUCCCCCUGGUGCAGAUUCAAAUAAGGAAGAUGGAGCUAAGCCAAUUCUUAUGGGAUCACUUAUUGGCUCCCUUGUCGUGAACGGUAUUCUCCUGGCUACGGUUGCUUUGUUGGUUCUCUUGAAGCCGAAACUAAAAGUGGUUGUACCAGUUGCUGCUGCUAGUCUUUUGGAAACAAAUUUGCAUUCGUUUAGUUAUGAGGCAUUGAAAGAGGCCACAUGGGGUUUUAGUGAAGAACUAGGCAGGGGUUCCUGUGGCAUUGUUUACAAAGGCAAACUAGAAGCAGAAGAUUCUUGUAAUGUGAUUGCCGUCAAGAGAUUGGACAGAUUGGCACAAGAACGAGAGAAAGAAUUUAGGACUGAAUUGAGUGCCAUUGGUAAAACCUCCCACAAAAAUCUGGUCAGGUUGAUUGGAUUUUGUGACCAGGGAAUCAAUAGACUAUUGGUGUACGAGUUCAUGAGCAAUGGUACUCUUGCAGACAUCCUAUUUGGACACUCUAAACCCAAUUGGAAUACAAGGGUUGGAUUUGCUUUGGGGAUUGCAAGAGGGUUGGUGUACUUACACGAAGAGUGUGACACUCCAAUCAUUCAUUGUGAUAUAAAACCUCAAAAUAUACUCAUAGAUGAACAUUUCAAUACCAAGAUAUCUGACUUUGGGUUGGCCAAGUUGUUGUUGUCUGACCAAAGUAGAACGAAUACGAUGAUCCGAGGAACUCGAGGAUAUGUAGCUCCUGAAUGGUUCAAGAAUGUCGCUGUGACGGUUAAAGUGGAUGUUUACAGCUUUGGGAUAAUGUUGUUGGAAAUUAUUUGCUGCAGAAGAAGUGUGGUGAUGGAGGAGCCCGGGGAAGAAGAGAAGGCAGUACUGGCAGAUUGGGCUUGUGAUUGCUAUAUGGAAGGGAGAAUAGAUGCUCUAGUGGAGAAUGAUGAGGAGGCCUUAUCUGACAAAGAGAGGUUACGAAAAUGGAUCAAAAUAGCAAUAUGGUGCAUUCAUGAGAAUCCUGAAAUGAGGCCAACAAUUGGGAUGGUCGUGCAAAUGCUAGAAGGCUUUGUUCAAGUCUCUAACCCACCACCCACUUUUACCAUGCAUUCCGUAUCUUGACUGCCAUCAGGCCCCAAGAUUGAUUCUAUGUAUCAAUUCCUAUUCCUGUACGAUUUUUACACAAUAUGCAUGCAUGUUUAUUUUCUAUUCUCUCUUGUUUUAAUAUUUCUAAAUAAUAGUUAGCCAUGUACUCAAAUAAGAUUAUUGUUUCUACAUCGUUCGAGAUGUCAUAUUUGGAAAUUUAGCGAGGAAGCAAUCUUAAUUAGCCACGUACAUAAAUU